GCUGGGCCGGCGCGUACGGCAGUGAGCGGUUUCCUAGGUGAUGGGGGCAGCGUUGCGCGCAGGCGCAGAGCUUCUGGCCUCGCGGAUUCUCACGUGCGCAGCCUGCGCUCUGUCUUGGCCCCUACGUGCUUCCGUAGAAAACACGGUGACUAAUAACGGCCUGCGCCUGAAACCCCGCCCUCCCGUGCCCCGGGCCGUGCAGCAGUCCCAUAGGUGGACGUGCCCAGCCGGGUUCGGAGGGGGCGGGGCACAACCUGCAGCUUCGCCCCCUCCCCCCCCCCCGUGUGUCGCAAAUUCCAGUCCGGGCCGGCAAGGGUGGGCUCGGUACUUCCGGGGCGGGGGUGGUUGGGGACUUGCACCGCCCACCCCCCGCCCGCCGUGUGAGGCCGGAGAGCGACCGCCUCGGAGCGCAUGCGCGGUGUGGGGCUGCAGCGAGGCGCUGUUUCCGGCUCGCAGGGAGCCAGUCUGGGAAGCUGCCGCUGCCGGGUAUUAACUAUUCAUCUGUGUACCUGAUGCUGAAAUUUGUUCCUCUUUAAAUUGAGGAGACCAUUGUUAUGAUUCUCCGUGACUAAGUACCAUUCCCCCCAUCGUUACGUUGCGUUACAUUAUAUGCCAAGCUGAUACAAUGAUGAAUUCUCAAAGUUUCUCAUUACCAACAAUGGUACCCAGUAGCUCUGUUAUUAAUAGCUCCAUGACUAGUAACUUAUCAACAAACAAUCCACCCAGCAAAUCAGUUCUCAUUAGCAAACCAUUUAAAUGCUCUGAAUGUGGCAGGUCUUUUGCCCAGCUGACAGAGCUGGAGCUUCAUGAGAUGUCCCACGCUGCGGAGCGACCGUAUCACUGCGAGCUCUGUGGAAAGACCUUUGCCCAGACAUCAGCUCUGGUGAAGCACCAGCGCGUUCACACAGGAGAGAAGCCUUACAAGUGUCCCAUGUGUGGGAAGACCUUUGCCCUGUCCUCUGGCCUGGUACUGCACAAACGCAUUCACACUGGCGAGCGACCCCACACCUGCCCGCUCUGCGCCAAGAAAUUCAUCUCCUCCUCCCACUUGGCCCUGCAUCUGCGCUCGCACACGGGUGAGAGGAAGUACAAGUGCAAUGUGUGUGGGAAGCUCUUCCUACAGUCCUCGCACCUUGUGAGGCACAAAGCAAUCCAUACGGGGGAAAAGCCCUUCAAAUGUGAGGACUGUGGGAAGAACUUUGGGCGUGCCUCACACCUGAAGACUCACCGACGUGUCCACACAGGGGAGAGGCCUUUCAAAUGCACCCAGUGUGAGAAGGCCUUCACACAGAAGGCAGGACUGAUCCUGCACAUCCGCCUUCACACUGGUGAGAGGCCCUACAAAUGUGAGAAGUGUGGGAAAAACUUCCGUUCCUCCGCUCACCUCAUGUCGCAUCAGCUCCUUGAGUCUGGGGAGAGGAAUUUCAAAUGUACCACAUGCAGUAAGGCCUUUAAACAGGCCUCAUCUCUCAAACAGCACCUAAAAACACAUGAAGCCCGUGAGCCUCACCGCUGUUCUGUUUGUAGCCGAACUUUUUCUAGGUCCUCUUAUCUCCAGCUUCAUAUGAGAACGCACAGUGGGGAGAGGCCCUAUCAUUGCAUGGUUUGCAACCGGACUUAUGCCAAAAUGUCUACAUUUGAGAAACAUUGUAAAAAGCAUCAGCAGGAUGAAGAGGGAUGUGACAUCAGGCCCAGAGCAAUGACUACAAGGGCAAAAGCACUGGCUGAAAAGAAAAGGCAGGAACAGAAACAGCAGCACCAAGAUGACCGCCCAGAACAACAACAUCAUCAGCAUGACAGAGAGCAGCAGCAAGAUGGAGAGCAUUUCCUGCUCUGUCAGCUGUCUUCUCCCAGUGACCAGAAGCCCAGGAUGCAGGAUCGACCCAGAAAUUGUAAAUUAAAAAAACAAGUUCCAGGAGUAUUUCAGAGUGGAAAAAUGAAAGUAUGCUCUAUUAUGCCCUGAAUGUUACACUAAUGUAAGUAAGGCUGGGCAAAUCAUGUAGAUUGAAAUAUAACUCUUAGGAGAGAGCAAGUUCAAAGAUGUGAUUAACAGAAAUAAUGCCAAUCCCUGUAUUUUUCAGCCUAAUGCACAAAAUUGUUUUCAUGUCUCCUCCCUCCCUCCCUCCCAAAAAUGAAAGUAACUUUCCAUACUGAAGUAACUUGUAGUACCUGAUUCUAAUUACUCAUGAAUUUCAAGAUCCAUCCAAUGGUGCAAUGAAUUGGGGUUUUUUUUAGGAGGGUAGUGUUUUCCCUGUUGGAGGUGGGAAAGCUUUUUUGAUGAAGUGCCACCUUCCCCAUGGAACGGAUUCACCUCCUUCCUGCUUUCUCUAAUCAUUUGUGUGUUUAGAAGAGAUUGGGUCAGUCCUGACACAUGGCCCUUAUCCUAGCCCCUUAUCUUAGUCGUUUGCUGAGAAAAUAGUAAUGGGGUUAUUUACAAUAGAGCAGUUUCCCACCAAAGUAGGAUUCAGAUGUCCAAAGUGACACAAGCUUGGUCAGUCUCAUUCAUCACAAUGCUCCUCUAAUUCACUCAUCAGGCUCUAAAAAAAUUGCAGUUUGUGUUUCAUUGUAAAGGAACAUGGCUAAAUAAUAAUAAUAAAAGACCUUGUUUCCCUUAAAACAGUGGUUCCCAAACUGGGGUUCGCAAACCCCUGGGUGUUCGCAGAACGUUACAGGGGGUUCGCCAGAAAAAUUUCACUAAUGGCUGCCAGAGGACCCCAGACAUUCGAGGCAGCAGGUGGGAUCCAAUUGCAGGGCUGGCAGGCCGAGCCCCAGGGAGAGCGGGGCCGGGCGAUUGGGGCUGGCAGCCUGCGCCCAUCAUCGGGGGAGCCGGCCAUCCGAACCCCAGCGCUCCAUGCAGGGCUGGCAGCCAAAGCCCCAGGGAGAGCGGGGCCGGGCAGUUGGGGCUGACACGCUGAGCCCCGGCGGUCAGCGGGGACCUGCAGCCCGAGCUCAGUGGAGCUCAGUUGACCAGGGCAGUCAACGGGGUUUAGCAGCAGGAGUCCCGUGGAGUGCGGAGGAAAUUUAAACUUAAAUCCCUGGAAAUAUUCAUUUUUAGGAGGGGGUUCACAAGAUUUCACAAUUUAGUGAAAGGGGUUCGCAGGCUGUUAAAGUUUGGGAACCAUUGCCUUAAAACAUUCUAGUAACAUGCCUGAGAUUGGAAUGGUUUACAAACUGAAAGCCCAGUGACAUACAUCUGUAGCAGUCUCAGUGGCUGUUUACAGUGGGGGACACUGUGCUGCUGGAAUGAACACUUAAAUUGGAGCAAACAGCAAAUACCAGCCUAGGAGAAUGAGGGACCAACAGAUGUAUGGAUUUAAUCCUUUCCAGAUUAAUUUUGUUGCUAUCAACGUACAAAUUCAUAGCUUUCCUUUGGCUCUCUCCUGAGUGCACAUACCAUUAACGAUGAACAAAACCAUGCAUUUUUGUAAGAAUGCUGUUAUCAGGAUACCAAUACAAGACA